AUGGCGCAUAUGGGAGGAGUACCGAACCUCGCGGUCGAGCAAGAUACGAUACCCGAGGAGCCCACAGCUGCAAGGAAGACAACGGACCUAGAUGACUUCAUGACCUCAAUUAGGAAACUUGGCGCCCAACCUGCGCCCUCACCGUCCUCCAUGCGUGACGAGUACGCAGAAUGGGUGGGCAGUACCGAUCCGGGCGAUUGUCUUGUGGACAAUCCCAUCCAGUACUGGCUUCUCCGCAGACGCCAAUAUCCACGCCUGUCGCGAAUGGCAAUCGACCUCUUUUCCAUUCCGGCGAUGUCUUCAGAGCCGGAGAGAAUAUUUAGCCUUGCCGGACAGAUGGCCGCAGCUCAGAGAGGCCGCCUCAAAGCGGACCUUAUCAAAGCGGACCUUAAGGUAUAG